AUGGGAUUACUGGAAUUAUCAACGAACGAAAAUGAAUAUCUUUCAUGGCUGAUACUUGAUGCACUCAAAGAGGAAACCCGGAAUAUCAAAGGUGUCGUAUUGGAGAAUAAUAAAUUUUGUGUUACGGUACAUUUUAGACAUGUUUCUAAUAAGGAUUUUUCGAUGCUAGAAGAACUUGUCACAUCUGUGGUAGACAACUUCAAAGAGUUCCGACUAUCAAAUGGCAAAAAGGUUUUUGAGAUUCGACCUGAUAUCGAGUGGGAUAAAGGACAUGCAUUAGAGUAUUUACUUGAAACACUUAGAUAUGGAAGUUCAAAUGAUGUUUUUCCUAUCUAUAUCGGCGAUGAUGGUACAGAUGAAGAUGCAUUUAAGGCUAUAAAGAAUAGAGGAAAAGGGUAUUCAAUUGUUGUUUCAUCAACCGAAAAGGAUACCAUGGCUUUCUAUUCUCUUCGGAAUCCUUGUGAUGUCAAGAAAUUUCUAUCAUGCCUUGUGAGCUGGAAGAAGGGAUCCAAUUAA